GUUCCGCCCUUUCCUCUCUCCCUUCGCAGAGAGCGCUUGCACAUCCCCCUUCCCUUUAGAACGCGCACAACUAACUUUGGGGACAACCGCUGGCCAGUAGAUAAUACAGGAUAGUCUACCCGUCGCACAGUGACAGAACUGAGACGCAAGGUUGAAGGAGGCCAUUUGAAAUCGGACAUUCUCACUCUUGUUCGACUGCAGAGGACUGGGCACAAUUGUUAUCAACAAAUUACAUUUUCAACAUUUGUUCUUGGGGGGACUUUUAUGCAAAAUGAACCAAAAUAAUCUGAUGCUGUUUCAAUGUGUGCUCCUGUUGUGCCUGGGCACCUGUCUAAGCCAAAGGGACUGUACAAGCGUGGAUUGUCCAGUGUUGGACAACUGCAUCGAGGAGGUUUUGGAGAACGGAGCUUGCUGUGCCACCUGUGUUAAAAUAGGAUGCUCAUGUGAAGGUUACCAGUACUAUGACUGCAUCCAUGCAGGAUUCCGGAAUGGUAAAGUUCCAGAGGGAGAAUCUUACUUUGUGGAUUUCGGAAGCACAGAAUGUUCUUGUCCACAGGGAGGCGGGAGGAUCGGGUGCCAUUUCAUCCCGUGUCCCGAGAUCCCUCCCAACUGCAUCGCUGUCGCGGAACCCGCGGAUGGGUGUCCGCAGUGUGAGCGCAUUGGCUGUAUCCAUAUUAACCAGAAAUACAAGGCAGGUCACUCCUUCCAGAUGGACCCUUGUCAGGUGUGUCACUGUCCUAAUGAUGGCGGGAGCCUGAUGUGUUCCCCUAUCCCUGACUGUGACUCUGGUAACGUUAAGAAGCCCAUGAUAGCAACAACCACACAGCACAACAACCCUCCGAGAGACCUCAGCAAACUGCAUGAUAACAAACAGACAAGCCCGCUAGACCCAUUCGCCACCGCUAACACCCUACCUCUUUACAAAGAGGAGCCAUCUGUCCUGGAUGAAGAUGAGGAUUAUGACUACACACUGCUUGACCCCACAUCUACCACUCCACAAGACCUGGUCCAGCCAACAGAAUCUACCAUGGUGUCACCAUCCUAUGCUGAGACAAGCUCUUCUCCUUAUGAGAUUUUGAAUGACCUGAGGCAGGAGCUGAGAGAGAGACUAGGAACAUACGAUCAGGAGCGAACAGAGGAGGCGGCCAUUACUGAGGAUCCACAUCACAUAGAUCAGACCACCUCAAGGGCCCAGGGUGAGUCAACAACAUCAACAACUAAACAGGAAGUGAUCUCAGAGAGCCAAAGGCGUCAACAGGAGGUUGUUGACCGGGACAACAGGCAUCACAGAGACAGUGACAGAAUGAUGAAGAUUGACAGUUCGGAGGACGUCACACCAACUGUCCGUAGUGACAAGGGAGUGAGACACACUGGCCUCCACGGACAAAGAGACAGCCACAGCAGUCACCACCAUGAUGGCAGUCAUUUAUCCCAAAGUCAUGGAAGGCACCUUGAGGAGCACCUUGAGGAGCAGCGUGAGGAGCCCAGAACGCCCCAGAGUAAACCUGACCAGGAGUCUUCAUUCCCCACAGAGAAGUUCAGCCCGACCAGCAGAGCUCCUGUCACGAGGGAGGAGGGAGACCAGCUGGCCAGGAGACAGCCCCACACCCUCUUCAACUACCAGGGCCCAAACGAACAGCCUGGAAACACUGAGGUUUCUUCCAAGGAGUUGGUGGAGACCUGCUGUGAGACAGGGGAGAAGUGGGCCUCAGCCAAUGGCCACUGCAGCAACAUGGAGCUCCCCAGAGAGGACAGACACUCCAUCUGUCGGACGGCUCAGAGACAGUGCUGUCUGGGCUCUCUGAAGGAGAGUCGCUGUUUCUCUGGUAUGAAUGCAGCCAGAGAGGGAGUUGUGUGUGAGAUGGACAACAAUGACCAGUGUGGAGCUGACUCCUUCAAGGAGUGUUGUAGCUGCUGCUCUCUGGGGCUGAGGUUCCGUAGGGAGGGCCACCGCUGUGAGGCCCACCAGUACCUGGGCUACCCCUGCAGCCACGUCUUCCUCACCUGCUGUGAGGGAGAGGAGGAGGUGGCGAGAGAGGAGGGGGAGGGAGAUGGCUUGUACACCCUCCGAGAGAGGCCUGUGCUUGACCCGACCACAGUGCCAAAGAGAGUGUCAGACAGUCCGUUCCCUAAAGAGGCCUUCUCCAUCGGGGAGGAGGAGGAGCAGGAGAGGGAGAACACGGUGGAGGGCCCUCUUGAGAUGGAGGAUGUAGAUGAGUGCCAGGUUUACCAGGGAACAUUAUGCCACCACAGGUGUAUCAACACCCCAGGCUCCUUCAGGUGUGCCUGCUACCCUGGCUAUGUACUGCAGAAGGACGCGGUCAGCUGUGUGCCAGAGACGGUCGAUGAAGAGAACAAGUUGAGAGAGGAUGACAGGCCAGAGGUUGAGGCUACCUCCACCGCACCCUCCACCACUCCAACCUCUGUUAACCCCUGUGAGGGAAAUGGCAUCUGUAUGCAACAGUGCUCCCCAGUGGCUGGUAGACCUGGCUGCUCCUGUUUCCCUGGAUUCUCUCUGAUGGCUGACGGACAAUCAUGUGAAGAUAUCAAUGAGUGUUUGAUGUCCACUCGUACCUGUCAGAUGAACGAGAGAUGUGUGAACACGGCUGGUAGUUUUGUGUGUCAGAUCACCUGUUCUCUGGGUUACCAGAUCAACAACGACGUCUGUGAAGAUGUUGAUGAGUGUUUUCAGGGGACUCAUAACUGUGGGCCAGGCUUUGAGUGUGUGAACAGUGAGGGCUCGUUCAGGUGUAAUGCCAAACCUCGCUGCUCCAUGGGCUUCACACAGGACACACAUGGAAACUGCAUUGAUAUAGAUGAAUGUGGUGUAGUGGGCCAGCCCUGCAGUCCAGGCUUUAACUGUAUCAACACUGUGGGAUCCUACAGCUGCCAGAGGAAGAUCAUAAUGUGUAGCCGUGGUUACCAUGCCAGCCCAGACGGAGCCAGAUGCAUAGAUGUGGAUGAGUGUCAGAGCGCUCUGCACCGCUGUGGGGAUGGACAGAUCUGCCACAACCUGCCCGGCUCCUACCGCUGUGACUGCCAGACGGGCUACCAGUACGACAUGUUCAGGAAGACUUGUGUGGGUAGGUACUACAUAGACGAGUGUACCAUCGGGGCCCAUAACUGCUCCUUGGCUGAGACCUGCUACAACAUCCAGGGAGGCUUUCGCUGUCUGUCCUUCAAUUGUCCACAGAACUACCGCAAAUCCUCUGACAUGCGCUGUGAACGACAGAGCUGCCCCAACUUGCUGGACUGUCAGAACUCUCCUCUCAGAAUCACCUACUACCACCUGAGCUUCCAAACCAACAUCGUCAUCCCUGCCCAGAUCUUCCGCAUCGGCCCCUCCCCCGCCUACUCCGGGGACAACGUCAUCAUCAGCAUCACCCAGGGCAACUUGGAGAACUACUUUAGCACGCGGAAGCUGAACGCCUACACGGGCGCGGUGUACAUGCACAGGCAGGUGCGUGAGCCACGGGACUUUCUGAUUGAUGUGGAGAUGAAGCUUUGGAGACAGGGCACCUUCACUACGUUCCUGGCCCGGAUCUAUGUCUUCAUCACGGCCAACUCACUCUAACAGACUGGUCCCCAGCCUCACCCUACUUCCACCCUUGUCCCACCCCCUCAAUGGACAGCCCAUUCCCUUCUAUCCCCCUAGCCCUACCCCUCAAUAGACAGCCCACCCCCUUCUAUCCCCCUUACUCUACCCCGCAAUGGACAGCCCAUCCCCUUCUAUCCC